AUGUACUCUAGCGACAAACUAGAUAAGAUCCGAACAUGGCUUUCCCCAUCCGAUCCAUCUACCAAUCUCCACAAAGCGCGCAGACAGCGCUAUCAAGGGACUGGACAGUGGUUUCUCGAAAGUCAUGAAUAUGCGAAGUGGAAGAAGGAGCGGAACUCCUUCCUUUGGCUAAACGGCAUUCCCGGCUGCGGCAAGACGGUCCUCAGCUCCUCCGUCGUAGCCGAUCUUGAACAGAGCGUCAGCUCUUUGAGCCUGUUAUACUUCUAUUUCGACUUCAACGACGCCACAAAGCAAUCCACGGACGACGCACUUCGGUCACUCAUUGAUCAGCUUUACAACCAGCGAACAGAGCUGCAGAAGGAGGUCGACGCUCUUUUCUCGUCCUGUAAAAACGGACGUCGACAACCAGAGAGUGCAUCACUGUUCAAGACUUUUCGGAGUUUGCUUCAGCAGGCUGGCGAAACUUGGAUAGUGCUUGAUGCAUUAGACGAAUGUCACAAACGAAACGACGGGCUCACCGGCGGCCUACUUCCGUGGAUUCGAGGUCUUCGUGAUGCCAGCCUCAACGUUCACCUCCUGGUAACGAGCCGGCCGGAACAAGACAUCAGGAGCUCUAUCGAGAGCUGGUCUCAAGUGGGGGAGGUUAUUUCCCUCCAGAAUGGUCGAACAUCGAACGAUAUCAACGCCUACAUUAAGGCACAAACAGCGGAGAUGUCUAGGUGGGAAGACCGGCCUGAUAUCCGGGAGAAGAUCGAGUCUGAAUUAAGCCAGAAGGCAAAUGGAAUGUUCCGUUGGGUGUCUUGCCAGAUCGACGUUCUCAGGGAGUGCCUUGCCCCUAAAUCCGUUUUCAGGGAGUUGAAUAAUCUUCCACCAACGCUCGAUGCGACGUACGCAAGGAUUUUGCAAAAUAUUCGGCCAGAACACAUGGACUGUGCAAAACGACUGUUACAGUUCCUCGCCUACUCAGAACGGCCACUCCGCAUUGAAGAGGCCGUUGACGCACUCGCGGUCGAUCCUGACUGCCAGCCCCGAUUCGAUCCACGAAAUCGGAUGCCAGAUGCUGAAGAAGUGGCGAGGUACUGCUCGAGUCUUGUGGUUCUAGUCAGACAAGAAGACCAUCGGAGCGGGACGAUGAUUGUCGAAAUACAACUCGCACACUUCUCUGUCCAAGAAUACCUCGUUUCCGCUCGAGUACAUGAAUCCAUGGCAGCGGAUCUCGAAAAGACCAACGCAAAGGCAGAGAUUGUGCGGGUUUGUCUCUCGUACCUAAUCGACAACGCUUCCAGAGAUACGCUUCAAGAAACAGAAGGAACACCGUUGGCAAACUUCGCAGCACAGUACUGGUCAACAUAUGCGGUGGACGUCGAACUGUCUAGGAAGGAGGUUCUUUCGGAAGUGGACGAAUAUUUCUCUUCAGAGGUUGCCUUCCAAUUCGGCCACGAUCUUUGCGAUACGGACAACCAGUGGGGCCGCCAGGAUGAAAUCCAGCGGUGGGGCCCGGGUAGACGUCAUGCGCCCACGGCUCUUUACUUCGCCUCGUUUGUUGGUCUGUUCCAUUCUGUCCAGAUGCUGCUUGACAAGGGAGCAGAUAUUGAUGCCGAGAGCGGACCCUACGGCAACGCUCUCCAAGCUGCCUCAUCUAGAGGCCACAGAGAAGUUGUGCAACUCCUACUAGACAAAGGCGCCAACAUCAACGCACAGGGCGGCUACUACCGCAACGCUCUCCAAGCUGCCUCAUUUAGAGGCCACAGAGAAGUUGUGCAACUCCUACUAGACAAAGGCGCCGACAUCAACGCACAAGGCGGCUACUACAGCAACGCUCUCCAAGCUGCCUCAUACGGGGGCGACAGAGAAGUUGUGCAACUCCUACUAGACAAGGGCGCUGACGUCAACGCGCAGGGCGGCGACUACGGCAACGCUCUCCAAGCUGCCUCACAUGAAGGCCACAGAGAAAUUGUGCAACUCCUACUGGACAACGGCGCUGACGUCAACGCGCAGGGCGGCUUGUUCGGCAACGCUCUCCAAGCUGCCUCAUACGGGGGCGACAGAGAAGUUGUGCAACUCCUACUAGACAAGGGCGCCGAUGUCAACGCGCAGGGCGGCUUGUUCGGCAACGCUCUCCAAGCUGCCUCAUCCUGGGGCCACAGAGAAAUUAUACAACUCCUACUGGACAACGGCGCCGAUGUCAAUGCGUGGGGCGGCGUCUAGUACGUCCCUAGAGCCCGCCAGAGAUAUCACACCCAUCUACGUUGCGACCUCUCGGUACAUCCGGUCAUCGUAGACCAAGAAUAUAGGACUAUGUUAAUAGCUAUCUAAUGACCCUAAUUUCAAGUUACCUCUUAACAUCGUUUGUGCUGAUUGCCAAACAAGGC